CGGCCGUCGACCAUCGGCGCGCGCGAACAUCUCGAGGGAGGAGGUUCGAAUCCCCUUGUAUCGCCGCGCGAGUGUUGAUCCGCGAGAGUGGCCGGACGGGGAUCGUCGUAUGCACGCGUUGUCAUUGUUAUGCGCGCGCACCAUGCGGAGUAAAAUGUGAAUGAGGACCGAGGACGACGAUGAUGCUGCGCGAGCUGAUCGUACUGGCGGUGGCGGCGUGCCUGGUCCAAGGAUGGAACGUCAAGCCGGAGAGUCAGAAGACCGAGGCCAAGUGCGAACGGCUGAGCGUGUCCUUCUGCAGGGGGCUGCGCUACAACUUGACAGCGAUGCCGAAUUUCAUGGGCCACGCGGAUCAAGGGCAGGCUGAACGAGGGCUGGCAACCUUUAUGCCACUGGUCCACUACAACUGUUCGAGACAUCUCCGACUCUUCUUAUGCGCCGUUUUCGCGCCGGUCUGCUCGGAACAUGUGACUAUGCAAAUACCUGUCUGCAAGUCCCUUUGCCUUUCCGUAAGAAGGGAUUGCGAGCCGGCCUUAACCAUCCUCGCGCUUCCAUGGCCACACAUGUUGGACUGCAAUCGCUUCCUGAGUCAGGACAACGUACUCUGCGUAAAAUCACCGGACGAAGCAUCGGACGACACCAGUCUCCAGGUAUUGCCGAAUGUGCAGCAGCAAUGGCCGAUGGUGCACGAGCAGCCGCUGCAGAUCUCCCCGCAGGAGCAGCAGCAACAUCAUCACCAGUGCCCGCCGCCUUUCGUGCAGAUUCCCGAAGCAAAAACGAUCUCUUGCGCACCACGCUGCGGCACCGACGCCUACUAUCGCGCGGAGGACAAGAGAUUCGCCGAGCGUUGGAUGACCGGUUGGGCAUGGCUGUGCUUCCUGUCGACUUCCUUCACUUUGCUGACCUUCUGGGUCGAGCCGUCCAGAUUCCGCUAUCCCGAGAGGCCGAUAGUCUUCUUGGCUCUCUGCUACAAUCUCCUCUCCGUGGCGUAUAUCGUCCGGGGUGUCGUGGGCGCUGAGAAUCUCAGCUGUGCUGUCGAGAUCGACGACACAAGCUAUGUUCCGGUUCGCGACGGUCUGAACAGCGUUCCCUGUACAAUUUGGUGGCUGGUCAGGUACUAUGUGGGACUAGCCAGCAGCACGUGGUGGGCGGUGCUUUGCGGUUGCUGGCUGCUGAGCGCCAGGAACGAGUGGAGCAGCGAAGCUCUUCACAACAUCGCGUCCUACCUUCACGUAGCCGCGUGGAUUCUUCCUGUACUCUUUACAGGAGGAAGCCUGUUGUCGCGUAACGUGGUGGCGGAUGAGCUGACCGGGCUAUGCCAAAUCUCCGACGAGUCGGCGCUUUGGCUGGAGGUGGUGCCGCACGCGGUGUUGCUGCUGCUGGGCUGCGUGUUCGGCAGCAUCGCUGGGAGCGCGCUGGUUCGCGUUCGGAGAGCCGUGCGUUGCGCCGGGCGCAGCGCCACCAAGCUGGAGCGUCUGAUGACACGGCUGGGCAUCUUCGCGCUGCUGUACGCGUUGCCGGCGCUGGGCGAGCUGAUCUGCGUUCUUCACGAAUCGUCGGUGAGGCCGCGAUGGCGGAAGCUAGCCUUGCUGGCCGCGUUAGAUUGUCGCGCCACCCAGAAUUGCGCCCCGGGCCCGGUUUAUCGGGCCGCCGGCCUCGAAGUGGCCCUCCUCAGGCUCUUCCUCUCCCUUGUGGUCGGUGUUACUUCCGGCAUGUGGGUCUGGUCCGGUAAAACCUGCCGGGCUUGGAGCAGGCUCCUUGCUGCGCCCAGUAAACCUGCCAGGAUACAGAAUCCUUUUCAAGGCAUCAAACAAGAUGCUAAUAUCGCUUGAGGGACUCGAAGUCCAACCAUCGACGAAGUGAGAAACCGCCAGCCUUGAGGAAAUUUUACCAUGUAGAAAGUGGGACUUGGGGUAAUUGAAGACUGAUGAUGUUACCGACCGUUUUUAAUCAUCCGACGCGAAUAUCCGGGGCAUUCGAUGUGUAAGAAAAUUUAUAAGAAUUUUGUCAAGUUUACAGUUUACAACUCGAAUGUUUCAUAAGCAUAUAUAUAUAUAUAUAUAUUCCACAAAAAUAUACAAAAUACACUUCAUUGUAAAUAUAUAUAUAUUUAU